UUUCGCGUUACCUGUGAACUGCUUUCCUUGAAGCUGCCUCCACGGUACUACUUUGACUGUUAAAUCUUUCUAAACACGCUUUAAAUUCCUCUUCUCUGCAUAUAGGGCUUUGCCCUCUUCACUGUAUUUAAUACCCUGCACUCGUAUCAUAUUUUCAAGGGUCUUCUCCAAAUCUGCUCUAGUCUCAUCUUAGCUAUCUUUUGCAGUUUCUUCCUCUUCUCUGUAUUUAAUACCCUGCACUCUUAUUAUAUUUUUAAGGGUUUUGUCCAAAUCUGCUCUAGUCUCAUCUUAGCUAUCUUUUGUAGUUUCUUUCAUUCUUUCAACAUGUCUUCCCUUCCAUCCUCAUCUUCGUCCUCUGAUACGCCUGCCGAACUUAUCAAUAAGAUUCUGAACACACAGGUGAAUAAGCGAGCUUUCGAUCUUCGCGUAUUUGUCAAGCAAAUUGAUGAUCUUAUUCAUCAUUACGAAGCUCAGCUGGGAAAAAAGAAUCCCAUCCGAGAGCAGUUGGGUGAUCUUCCCUCUGAGGCUUCUAAUUUUGUAGAUCAGGUGUCAACAAAUGUGACGCGCAUUGCCAAUGAGAUAAAAGAAUACUCUGGAAACAAACAUGAAACAAGCAUAAAAGUGUUGAAUGCUAUUGGAAGUGUUCAUUGGGUUGCAGUGGGAUUCUUAGUAGUGGGUGCAGCCUUAAAAAUUGCAGACACCAUUAAAUACAAUGUGGAAGAGUGUUUAAGACUUUUGAAAUCUAUGAGUGAUUUGUCAAAAAUAAUACUUCAACUUCAUGAGCUUCCCGAUGUGCAAAAGAACUUGCAUGAUAAAUUGAAAAAGUCUAUAGAAAUGAUAGUGGAAGGAGCCAUCUCAUGUUGUUCCCAGAAGAAAAGAAAAGGUUUUAAAAGGGUGUGGAAAGCUGCAAGAGAUAGACGAGAGCUUCAACAACUUAGGAGUGAUAUGGAUGACAUGCGCAAUUGGCUUCAUUUACAAAUAAGUGUCAUGAUAGAUGAUAAAUUGACCUCCUUAGUUAGGCCUCUUCCCCUUGUUUCCAUCCCCAACCAUGAUGCAGUUGGAAUAGAAGACAAAAUUGAAGAAGUCAUUCAACGACUUGAUUGGGAGAGUAAUAGUGCAGCAAGAGCAGUGGUUGUCUAUGGUAUUGGUGGGUCUGGAAAGACCACACUAGCAAAUGCAGUUUAUUCUUCUCUGCCAGGAAAACUUCAAGACUGGAAAUGUUCUAAAAUUACUCUGAUUAGAUACCUAGAAAAAGAUCCCAAUGUAGAAGAUCUCCAAUCCUUGAUUUUGGAGGACUUGACUGGCACCAAACAUAAUUUAAGAGACUUUCAAAGUGGUCAACAAAUCUUGAAGGAAAUUAUAGAAAAAGGACCCGUUUUCAUAUAUAUUGACAAUGUUCUAUAUAUAGAACCAUUGAAAAAUCUUUUACCUAAGGAUGUCUCUAGUGCAAAGAAACUUCGGUUACUCAUAACAGCUAGAGAUAAAAGUGUCUCAGGAGUAAUUGAAUGCUGUGGAAUUGAAUCUUGUGAACCAUAUGACAUAGGAUCUCUUUCUAUUGAUGCAGCGCUUAAAGUGUUAUGCAAAAAUAUUGAUAGAAAUAGAGAAAUGGAGUUCAUAUUGCAAGAAAGACCUCAGGUGAGGCAAAUAGCAGACAAAUGCAGCUGUUGUCCUUUAUUUUUGGAGCUUAUUGGAUGUUAUCUUCAUCAACGGAAGAAUGAAGUUGAACCUUAUGAGCAAGUACUCCAUUCAAUAGAAGAUGGAGGUUUUUUUAGUGGUAGUCAGAUGUACAAUUUUGAUGAGCAGAGGGUUCUGUUUACUUAUGAUAGACUUAAUCCAAGUGCUAAAGAAGCUUUUCUUGAUAUAUGCUCAUACUUCUCUAGUUGGGUAUGGGUAUGGGAAUGGGAAAAAGUUGAACAGAUUGUGGGAUGGGAAGAAAUGCAAUGUUUAGAAGGAGGAGCUCUCAUCAAGAGAGAAGGUGAGGAGAUAAAGAUUCAUGAUUUGAUUCUAACAGCUGGCCGUAACAAAUCAAAAGACAACCGAUUCAAUGAUGCAAAAGCUUUUUCAGUGGCCUUGAAAAAUAAAGAGCGUGUUUCCCAAAUAAAAGGAAUAUGGAUAGAAAGCAUGAAGAGUCCGUUGCUUAUAUCAGCAGAAGAGUUAGAUGCCAUGAGCCGGUCUUUGCGAGUACUUCGUAUGGGAAAUGAAGCAGCCAAGAUGAUAACUAUAAAAGGGAAAUGCGGCGAACAAUUUGACGAGCUAAGGUUUCUUCAUGUAGAAAGUGAGAUGUGUAAUUUACUUGUCAAUAUGUUCAACCUCAACCAAUUGAGAUACCUAUCAAUAGGAAAUCCUAAGGAGGAUGUCAUUUUGAGUCGGUCCAUGAAUCUUCCAAAUUUAAAUGUGCUCAAAUUUAGGGGUGGCCGAAUACAUGGAAUCGCUGAAAUUGGACGUCUGUGUUCACUAAAGCAACUGACCUUGGAUGGAUGUCAAGCUGACUGGAUUUCGCUGUGCUUUACAAAUUUACAUCAUCUGCAAAGGUUGAAAUUGUCCUCGUGUCGAGACCUAACAGAAUUGCCCGAAUCUCUUGUCAGGCUCCAGUUUUUGCAGAAGUUGGAUUUGAGUUGUUGUAAUCUGAAGCAGUUGCCGGCUGGAUUUGGGGAGUUGACCACUCUUACUGAGCUUGACCUGUCAGGUUCCUCGAGUCUGCAAGAGCUCCCACGUGAUUUGGAAAACUUAACAGCUUUAACUUCUUUAACAAUAUAUGGAUGUUCAAGUCUGACAUGUCUUCCCCAUAACCUUGGAGGCUUGAUGUCUGCGUUGGGAUCCGAUGUAAAUUUUCAUAGCUGUUCAAGUUUAAGUGAACUACCAGAAGAUAUUUACAAAAAUGAAAUGGUCAGAAGAAUUUCAUUAGAAGGUUGUACAAAAUUGGAGAGGCUUCCCAGAAGGUUCGGUGAGCUCACUUGCCUGCAAAAAUUAAACUUAUAUGGAUGUGAAAGCCUACAAGAGCUGUGUAAUGACUUCCAUUACCUGGGAGGAUUGACAGAAUUAAAAUUGAAUAAUUGCAAGAGCUUGUCAAGCCUGCCUCUAGGUUUUGGGAAUCUUACUUCUCUAGAAACCUUAAAUUUAUCAGGAUGUGAUAAACUGGACGAAUUGCCCAUUGACUUCCAUUGCCUUGUAGCACUGAAGCGUCUAGAUCUGUCUGAGUGUAAUAGUUUAUUCCAUCUUCCAGACCAUUUUGGGGAUUUGGGCUGCUUGGAAUGGUUGUCUCUAUCAGGAUGCUCUAAAUUAGUAAAGCUUUCUGAUGAUUUCCAUCUUCUCCGAUCUUUAAUAAGAUUGGACCUUUCCAAUUGUGGGAGUUUGGCUGGUGAAUGGAUGGAUAAGGUGGGGAAUAUCAAGAGCUUAUGGCGCCUCGACAUUGUAGGCAGUGAAAGAAUGAUAGAGCGGUGGAUGGAAACGAAAAGCCAAAAAGAAAGGAAUCUGACGGUGGUAACAGCCGUCCCUCAGGGUGAAGAAGGAGAAAGGGCUUUGUUGUUGGACAUGGUGUUAUCAAAGGGUGAAGAAGGAGAAAGGGCUUUGUUGUUGGACAUGGUGUUAUCAAAGGUAUUUGAUGAGGAAGGGCUUCUGGUUGAUGCAGAUGAACGCCCUUUCCAUUCAUCCUCACUUCAACCACAAACUCCACUCAUCUUCAUCAUUGAUGAGGAAUAUCACCCUAGCCAGAAGUGGGAAGCAUUAGGAAAGAACCUGCAGCAGCUGCAAAGUAUUUCAAAAGAGUUGCAAAUCAUAUAUAUUGGGAGCCAUUUUAAAUCAAUCUCAUCUGAGUUGGCCAUCCCAAUCCUGGCUUAUACACCUGACGACAACUCUUUCUAUCACAAAUUAUCUGCUUUGUUUGACAUUUCUGACAUUGCAGUUUUCCGUAGCACUGAUGAAUUAGAAGAAAACGGCCUAAGAUGCUUGUCAGCGUGGGAAGACAUAUCUUCUUAUAUGUGCAAUCGAGUGAACUUUCUCACAAAAACUCCUCUAGAGAGCAAUAUUGAAUUGCUGAACGAAUUGCUGGUAACUAACGAAACAGAUUAUCUCUUGCUCAGUAAAAACCGUCAGGUAAAGGUUGCCGCUCUACAAGGAAAAAUGAUAUUACUGCUCUACACAAAUCUUGAGGAAACACAGGUAUUGCGCACCUCAGUCGUGAAAGAAAUGUAUUUGGAGAUGCAAGACAGCCAUAAUUAUGAGGCUGAACUUGUUUGGGUUCCACACAUAUAUCAGGAAUGGAAUUCAUGGGAGGAGUUUGAGAGAGUGACUGCCAAUGCUCCGUGGCCAGUGGUACCAAAUCCAUGGUUGAUAGACAGGUACAAAAUGCGGCCUUCUAUUUCGGGUGGGCAUCAAAAACUUCCACGCGUUUGUGUGGUGGACAAGAAGGGAAGGAUUUCAAAGGACAAUGCACUGCCGAUGAUAGAAAGGUGGGGGUUGGAGGCGUAUCCAUUUUCUCAAGAUCGUGAAGAAGAACUGGCAAAGGCAGAGUGGGAGGCAUUCAAAUUCGAUUCUUUAUCCAAUUUGCAAUUUGUCUUUCCGAAUCUGGAGUUCUCAAACAAGGCAAAGGAGAUGAUGGAUCGUUUAGUAAUGAUGUUGAAGCUCGCCCCUGGCUUAAAUUGUGCUUUGACAAUGUUGGAAAUGGACUUCCUGGUGUUUUAUGUUGCUCGCAGAGACAUCUGUGCAAAAGAAAACGAGGAUGAUGUCCCUUGCACAGAAGACUUCUUCUAUGAUAUGUACGAAUUUUGGCUCUGUGUUAGAUCUUUUUUGCUAAAGGACUUAAAUGGAAUGGGAGGAAAUGAGAGGAUAGUGAAGUUGAGAAGAAUGGUAUUGGGUCUUGCUAGUGAGCAGAGGGAGAGUUGGUAUCGUCCAAAAGGAGAGUGGGAGAUGAGAGUAGUGUUGGUGGAUGGAAAUGGUGAGAUGUUAAGUAGGAGGGGAAUGGAAGUGGUAGAACUACCAUGUGGUGAUGAAAAGGAUAGCAAGGAAAAUUUGGUGGAGGACAUAAAAACCGGAGAUGUUGAGGAAAGUGAAGAGAGCAUGUGGAGAGAUGGAAUCAUGCAUCCCAAACAUUAUUGCUGUGAACCUUUACUCAAACUACGGAAUUCUGAUAAUGGAAUUAGUUGCAGUUUAUGCGGUGAGGAAAGGAAUACAGUAUAUGAAUGUACUGUAAGGGGAAAACAUGUAAUAUGUGAAGAGUGCUAGAAAGUAAAAGCAAAAUUCCUAGAUGAAAUGACUAGGAGUGAAGAAUGGUAAUGAGAGCUGUAGUAGUUUGUGUAUAAAUGUAGAUGAAGGCAAUGACAUAUUUCAACUAUUGAUUAUACCUCAA